AUGGCCUUGGAUUCCAUAUCAAUACCUUUCCAACAGGACUCGACAACUUGGAAAAACCCAUUAUGGGAAGGUACACUCGAUCCGAUCACCCCAAGUGAUCAAGUCCAGAAACUACGGUCGACGAUGAAUGAGCUUCGAUGGAAUACAAACAUGGGUUUGACGUCUUUUGGAGAAGUACCUACACUGUAUUCUUACAGUCACCGUGCUCACGAUUACAAGCAACCAUCACCAACACCUUCAACCUUGGAAUCAAAGCUGGCCUCAGUACCUACACGCUCAUUGUCUGGGACUACUAUCGCUCCGUCGAUUCGAUCCUCUUCUAGAGCAACUAUUGAAUGGGCCGAUAAUCAAGUUUCUUUCAAGGAACCGCAAUAUCCCGUCGAUCUGCCAGAUGAACUUCCACUUCUGAGCCAGAAUGCGGCUACUCAGAAUAUUACUCACAGGGUGGAUGAUGAUAGUGGACACCAGCAGCAGCAGCAGCAGCGCCAGAGUAAUGAAAAUCGUGAGACUGUAUAUGAUAGUUUAUCCCAUAGGAUAAGGACAAAUUUUGACGAAUAUGUGAACGAACCUUUAUCGCCUUUGUCAACUUCGCCUUCACCUUCAAUGAUUCUCACUUUACCAGAUGCUACUGAAAUCGAGUUCAGAGAACAAAACGAUGAACAGUCAAAUAUAAGCACGAGGAAACGUAGUCAUUCCCGUUCAGUCUGUAUCAAGAAAAGGGGUCAAGAGCAUAUCGAAGUUCCAGGGAUAGAUGAGGGGUUUUGGCAAUUGCCCACAAGUUCCAUAACCAACACUAUCCAAAAGAACACUCGAGUGUCUUCCGAGAAUCGUCCAAAUGAUUUGAUAGCUCAAAUGGUGAACUGUGGAUUAUCACAGGAUGAAAGGCGAUUCAUAUCCCUCUUGACAGGAUCCAGACUUCGUUCUCGUUCUUCUUCCAAUAAGACAGAUACUUCUCAAUGUUGGAAAUAUAACGGAAGAGACGUCAUACCUCAAGACGAUAUAUUGGGACAAUUGGCCAAGUCAGCAUUCGAUGCAUCGAUGGAAUAUCGUACGAAUAUGCGAAAACCGGUUGACUCCUAUACAAGUACCGGUAGUUCACGGAGAGGUCAACUCGCGGAGCAAGGAACUUAA